AUGUGUGGUGGUGUGAUCCUUGCCGAGCUCAUACCGAGCGCGACGGCCGGCGGCAAGGGCCGGAAGCGGGUCCCCGCCGCGGCGGCCAAGGACGACGACUUCGAGGCCGCCUUCCGGGAGUUCGACGAGGACUCCGACGAAGAGGUCGUGCUGGUGACGGAGCGCAAGGCGUUCGCGUUCGGCGCCGCUGCCGGGGCCCGGCGCAGCAGGCGGCCGAGCCAGUACCACGGCGUCCGGCGCCGUCCGUGGGGCAAGUGGGCGGCCGAGGUCCGCGACCCCGUCAAGGGCGUCCGCGUCUGGCUCGGCACCUUCGCCACCGCCGAGGCCGCCGCGCGCGCCUAUGACGACGCGGCGCGCGACCUCCGCGGCGCCGGCGCCAAGCUCAACUUCCCGACGCCGUCCUCCGCCACGGCGCGCACCAGCGAGCGCCGCGCCGCCAAGGCGGCGCCGUACGUCAACCUCGUCGACGGAGACGAUGUUCCUGACGCGGCGCACGCGCCGUCGGUCAAGAGCGAGGCGGAGACCAGCGACAGUGUCUCCGACGCCAGCGGCUGCAGCACCCUGCCGGACUUCUCGUGGCAGGGCAUGUCCGCGACCGACGACGGCGCGACGUGGCCUGCUGCUGGCUUCCACGUCGAGCUCGGCGGACCCAGCAAACGGGCCGGGACCGAACCCCAGGAACCCGAGGAGGAGGAAAUGGCGCCUCCACCGGCGGCGUCCGAGGAAUCCGCCGACAUGCUGUUGGACGCUUUCAUGUUCGGCGACCAGUUCAGCUUCUUCAACGGCGGCGCGUACGAGUCUCUGGACGGCCUGUUCGGCGGCGACACGUCGCUGUCGCUGGGCAACGAGGGCGUGGGGCUCUGGAGCUUCGACGACACCAUUACGCGAGACCUUACCAUAGCGUUCAACCGGAUAGGUGGUGUACUAGAGGAUGCUGCUCUGCGACCUUUUAGCCUGACCGUAGGAAGGAAAUCAAUCUUGCACGUGUUUGCACGGCAAUCGGCACCAGACCCAGCCCAAGUGCGGAUUUGGGUUGAAGCAACCAACCGGUCGUGUGAGGAGAGGGGAGGACGAGGGAGCAGGAAACAUCGUGGACGUGUGGUGGUGGUGAAGAAGAAGAAGAAGAAGAAGGGUGCUGUAUCGCUGGCGGCUCUCCUCCUCCUCGUCCUCUCUGGUGUCUCUGUUGCAUCAUCCGUGCGCCGCCGCCGCAGGUGCUACCGCAUCAACAAAGACGGCAUCAAAGUACCAGCAGGCUACGGCAGCAAAUACGAAACCUAUGUCGUGUCCCUCCGGAAGCCCCCCAACGCCGACGCCAUGGACGACGGUGCGUGGCGUCGCUGGUACGAGUCGUUCCUGCCAACAAGCACCGACUUCAUGGACGAUGAUGGGUGGCAUCACUUGCACAAGUCGUUCCUCACCGACUCCAUGGACGACGAGCCACGUUUCUUCAACUGCUACAUGGGUCACGACGACACUUGCUUCCUCCUCGUAGGGCUGACCGGGGUCGAGCCCUUGGUGGUGGCCAACAAGCCAGGAGUCCUGAGCAAGUGA